UAUAUAAUACUCCGUAGGUUAACCCGUCUCUCUUCGUCACAUUCCUCACUUUCGUCGCUUUUGCUCGCUUCUGGUAUCUCAUCUUAUAUCGCCAUGGCCGGAAAGAUCAAGAUCGGCAUCAACGGAUUUGGAAGGAUCGGGAGGUUGGUCGCCAGAGUCGCGCUCCAGAGCGACGAUGUGGAGCUCGUCGCCGUGAAUGAUCCCUUCAUCACCACUGACUACAUGACAUACAUGUUUAAGUAUGAUACUGUGCAUGGGUCAUGGAAGCAUCACGAUAUCAAGGUGAAGGACUCCAAAACUCUUCUGUUUGGCGAGAAACAAGUCACUGUCUUUGGAAUUAGGAACCCUGAGGAGAUUCCAUGGGGUGAGGCUGGUGCUGAGUACAUCGUGGAAUCCACUGGUGUUUUUACCGACAAGGACAAGGCUGCUGCUCACCUUAAGGGUGGUGCCAAGAAGGUCAUUAUUUCUGCUCCCAGCAAGGAUGCUCCAAUGUUUGUUGUAGGUGUCAAUGAAAACGAGUACAAGCCUGACAUUAACAUUGUCUCGAAUGCAAGCUGCACCACCAACUGUCUUGCUCCUCUAGCUAAGGUCAUCCAUGAUAGAUUUGGAAUAGUCGAGGGUUUGAUGACCACAGUUCAUGCGAUCACCGCCACUCAAAAGACUGUCGAUGGGCCAUCAAGCAAGGACUGGAGAGGUGGACGUGCAGCAAGCUUCAACAUCAUUCCUAGCAGCACGGGUGCUGCCAAGGCUGUUGGAAAAGUUCUCCCUGCUUUGAAUGGAAAGUUGACUGGUAUGGCAUUCCGUGUUCCAACUGUUGAUGUGUCCGUGGUGGAUCUCACUGUCAGACUUGAGAAAGAAGCUACCUAUGAUGAGAUUAAGGCUGCCAUUAAGGAGGAAUCUGAAGGAAAGCUCAAGGGCAUCCUCGGAUACGUGGAAGAGGAUUUGGUGUCCACCGACUUUGUGGGUGAUAACAGGUCAAGCAUUUUUGAUGCCAAGGCUGGAAUUGCUUUGAACAAGAAGUUUGCCAAGCUCGUGUCGUGGUACGAUAACGAGUGGGGCUACAGCUCUCGAGUUGUUGACCUCAUCCGCCACAUUCAUAAGAAUCAGUAGUUUGGAUGCUUCUCUGAGGUCGUGUUGGUUGAAGUGGUUGUAGUAGGGGGUCGUCGCUUCCCUUUCUAACCAUGAAUGAAUAAACGUGUUGGAUGUCAUAUCCACUUUCUUAGUUGUCCUGGCCACCGGCGGGUGAUGCCUAGAGUUCGAUUGAGAUGUUAAAUACUCGGCUGAGUGUGAAGCUGGAAUGUUUAGUUUCUUUGCAUCGGGCUUUUAAUUAGACCUAAUUUUGGCUGAUCUUAAUGAAUCGCUUGAAUUUCCAGUCUU